AGGGCGGCCGCCCUACAGCGCACUCGACCCUGGCCUUGGAGGGCCCGGCCGCCCUGCGGACCUCGCUCCCAGGUACUAAAUCAUCAUUAGUCAAGAUGUCUUCAGCACCUGAGCCUCCAGCCUUUAAAAAGGAGCCACCCAAGGAAAAAGACCUGGGAAACCCAGGGCUCAGAGGGGUCCGCACCACAACCUUAUUUCGAGCGGUGAAUCCAGAGCUCUUCAUUAAACCUAACAAACCUGUAAUGGCUUUCGGAUUGGUAACCCUUUCACUUUGUGUGGCUUAUAUUGGUUAUCUACAUGCGACACAGGAGAAUAAGAAGGACCUCUAUGAAGCUAUUGAUAGUGAGGGACAGUUAUAUGAGGAGGAAAACAUCUAAGUGGGAUUAACAGUGCUGGUUACUGCAGAUGGAGCUUUACUGGGGACUCUGAAAUCUUCAGAUAUUGGGGCAGAUAUUCUGCAUAAGGAAGAGCAGUUUCAAGAAGCUGUACUCAAAGAACGUAUUGCAAAAGCAGAAGCUGACGUAUGGGCUAAGGCUGAUGAACGCCAAAGAGAAGCAGUGAAGAAAGCCCUUGAAGAAGCAAAUGACAUGCACAAAAUGAAAAUCCAGAUUCUGAAAGAGGAACAUCAAAAAGAUUUACAGGAAAUGGCAUCUAAGACCAAGAUCGAGUUGCAUCAAAACAUGGAGGAAGAACUGCAGCGAGAACACCUGGCUGCCGAGCAACGCAUGGUCCACAGGAUCCAGAGGAUCAUGAUGGAGUGCCACCGGGAGAAGGUCCAGGCUGUGGAGGAAGCCCGGGCCCAGGAGAGGCACAUAGCCCAGGAGGAGAUCCAGGCCCAGAGAAGAAAGGCCAUGGAGGAACUUUUGGGAGCUGGUGUCACAGUUAUGAAGGAUCAAAAGAAGAGUGUGAGCCAACUGAUAAAGGAAAAAGAACAUGCAGUGAACGUCUACUAUUGCGUGGCUCAGAGACAGAAGCAAGAAGAGGUUCAGGAAGUGCUUCAAGAAGCAGAGAAAACACAUCAGGCCACGCUUGGAAAUGUGAUGGACAAACUGCUUAACAUGCAGGGGGAGCUGCUGUCCAUGGCGAAGCAACUGGGAAUCAUGACAAAUUGGAAAGAUUUCCUGGAGGAGGAGUUACAGGAAACCAGGGUAGCGUUUCAAAACUACAUCAAUUAUACGUUUCCGAAGCUCUCACCGGGGCAUGCAGAUUUUAUUCUGCCAGAAAGAAAGAAAACACCUUCCAGUCUUCUUACUCAGGAGAACCAAGCAACUCUUGAUUAGAAGUCUUCAUCUGAAAUGGCACUACAAAAGACAUUGUUCUAAAGACUAAAUAAAUUCACUCAAAAACCAUUUAUUGAUCCCCGGUUAUGUGCAGGGGACUAGUGAGCUGUGAGCAUUUUGAUGGAAAACCAAAAUAUUCAAAAGCACAUUCCAGGCUACAAUGAGGUUCCAAGUCUAAUGGAGGAGAGAUAACAGUGAGGGGGGUAAAAACUGACUAUGAGGGAAAAAGAUUUCUUGGAAGAAGUCUAAACAUACUUCUGUAUCUGGCUUUACUCACGUUUACAUCAGACAUUUAAUUAUUUUAGUAUUUGUUGCAGUUAAAAAACAGUAAAGGGACAUGUUCUUAGACGGUUCCCGUUGUGGAGAGGUGUGUCUAGUAAUCCAGUAUGUCUAGUAAUCUAGUCUAAAGAUUAUUAUUUGGUGAACUGCAAUAGCUUUGUAGGAAAAAAAGCAAUGUUUCUCAG